AUGGACGACAGAAGAGUGGCGGCGGCUCAGAGGCCAGAUGCCGAAACGCCACAAGAACAUGAACAACACCACCACCACCAACAACAACAGCAACAGCAGCAGCAGCAACAGCAGCACCACGUGCAGCCCGGCAUGCAAAACGAAGAACAAGGCCAAGAGCAGCCCGCUGUGAACGUCAACAGGCAGGGUAGAGGAGAUCUGCACCCUGACAGCGACAGCAGUGACAACAACGACGACAACUUGCCUGCAGGCACGCAAACCCGCGCGGACAGCAAAGUGGUCGACCACGCGACAGCAUUCUCCGAGGAUGAGCAGGACGAUGGCCAUCAUGUGUUGCCUGAUACGAAGAUGGAUGGCGCCAGUGGAUCAGAAGAGGACGACAUACUUCCGUUUGAGUUUGAUGAGCAAGGAGACAUCGAAACGCGGGCGUUGCUUGGGCCCAUGAUUGCCAACGCCCGAGCUCGUCUGCUACCUAGGCGAGGUGGGCCCACUCAUUCUCAGCAGCCUGGUUGGAUGUGCAACCGGCUGUCUUCUGUGCUCAACCGCUGCACCACUCGUCGACUGGUUAUGAUUGGCAUGGCCGUGCUGUGCCUUGUCCUGAUUGUGGCUGUACCCGUUGCGGUUGUGCGAAAGCGCAGCGUUGGAGAACCCGGUCCAAGCGAAGCACCAAGCGAAGCACCAAGCGAAGCCCCAAGCGAUGAGAUAUUGAGCUGCGACGAUUAUGACAGCCGUACUCGCUUUCAACAGGACCACGUCAAGACCGCGUUCUCGGUGUCUGCCUGUUGCUGUCCAGAGGUGUCCAACCUACGUGCCAUCACGACUGACUUGUCUCUGAGCUUGUCGGAGCGCGAACUUCUUCUCGGGCACAUCACCUCCAUCAGCGGACAGAUUUAUGGCAGGAAUGGCGCGUUGGAGACGCUUGAUUUUGGCGAUCUCAGAACCCUUGAGCAUGGGGUGGACCUGUCCCACAACAGCCUCACGAUGGUUGACUUUCUUCAAGUUGAGCGUAUUGGCAACAUAUUCUUGGACAGGAACGCCAUCCACCUGCUCGAUUUUGGCAACCUGAAGGCGGUUGAUGGGAGCGUCGACCUGAGCGACAACAAGCUCCGGCGUUGGCCUGCCAGCAAUCUUGAGGUGAUUGAUGGACUCCUGAACCUAGAUGGCAACGAACUGCAGUCCUUUGAGCUCGGAAAGCUGAGGCGGAUUCGCGGAGAUCUGGUCCUGGGUAACAACAACAUCGAGGACUUGUAUCUGGACAGCGAUGGCGAGCCAGGAGUAGUUAUUGAAGGCGGUCUGUAUGCCAGUAACAAUCGCUUGCGUCGAGUGCGGUUUGGGCGGCUCUCCAGCAUUCAAAGCUUGGCAUUGCGUGACAACAGCCUACAGUCGAUUGACUUUGGCCAACUGACACAGAUUGGCGGUCUGCCUAAAUGGCCGCGCAACACUGACCGCAGUUGGUCGUUCUGGUAUGGGUUUCUUGAUGUGUCCAGCAACAAUCUCACCUCGAUUGCGUUUGGGUCGAUUCGACUCGUGAACGGGUCUGUGAACGUGGGUGACAAUCGCCUUACUUCCAUAGACUUUGGCGAGCUGACUUGCAUUGGCGGUGACUUCAGUGCUUCCCGCAAUCAGCUCACCGCGCUCGAUUUUGGCCGCAUCCAAUCAAUUGGUGGCUUAGUGGACCUGAAGCACAAUGCGCUGACCAGCGUUCACUUUGGCGAGAUGAACGUGCUGGAUGUCCGGCUGCAGUUCAAUCCCUUGUCCAACAUCACGUUUCGAUCUGGCACCAAGGUUGAUUUUGGGCUGUGGCUUUCCAAGAACCAACUCACAUCCUUGCGGAUCGGUGGCUUGGCAAGCACGACUGGCGCCAUAGACUUGAUGGACAAUGACCUCACGUUCUUGGACCUUGGAGAGCUCACACAUGUUGGCCGCCUUGAACUGGGUGGCAAUCUGCUAACGUCCAUUCACCUGGGAGAUCUACAGAGCGUGGGCAGCAACGGCAACGGUGUCGUUUCGAUGAAUUACAACCCAGUCACCAAGAUUUCCUUCAACUCGCUUCCGCGCAUCGCGUAUGGGCUCGAGAUUACGAACACUGACGUGAGUAGACUGCACAUUGAUGGAGUCUCGGUCAUCAGUGGCUCUCUACGCCUCAGCGAGAACAAAUUGUCGUCCCUUGAUCUGGGAACGCUAACGAUGGUUGAAGGUGACGUGGACCUGAGCUGGAACAAGCUGACUGAGAGUUGGCACGGCAACCUGGCCCAUAUUGGCGGCUUCCUCUCCCUCGAAAACAACGACUUGACGUCGUUUGACCUUGGCAUCACCAACUUGUUCGUGGGAGAUGGAAUCGACCUGGAAAGCAACAGUUUGACCCACUUCAGCUUUGGUAAGAUGGACACGUGCACGAGCCUGUACCUGGACUCAAACAAGUUGACAGUGCUUGACUUUGGCCGUGUUACCAACCUUGAGACUGUGAGUGCCAGGCACAACCAGCUCACUCGCCUUGAGAUUGGGGCUGUGACCACGCUCAAAGAAGUGUAUCUGGACAACAAUCAGCUGGGCAAGCUGCAUCUCGAUGGGCAGAAGGGGUUCAUGACUGAGCUCAGCGCUAAAAGCAACCGGCUCACGUCUGUCACCUUUGGCGACGUGACCAGAAUUGACUCUCUGUCGCUCGACAACAACUUCAUCUCCCGGAUUCACUUGCCUUCCGUGCCUUCUCACUCCUGGAGAACCGUAAGCCUCAUGAACAACUCAUUGACGCAAAUCAGCUUUACGGCACCCACGACUGACGUCAAACUCAACCUUGCCAACAACGCAUUCACCGCGAUUCGCCUGGAAAACAUUGACAGCGCGGAUUUCCUGAACUUGAAUGGCAAUCAGCUGACCGAGGUCGACUUUGGAAACAUGAGCACGGCGCACUCAGUCGUCUUGAAUGAAAAUGCCAUCUCCAGCGUCACCUUCGGCGCGCUCACAAGCAUCAACUUUCUCUCCAUCAACGAGAACACAAUGUCAUCACUGACGCUAAAUGGAAGCUGCGUCCACGUUGGUUACAAACUCAACAUCUUGGACAAUGGCCAGCUGAUCACGGUGGACGUGAGGGGCCUGAGUGACGCUGGUCAGGUCAUCAUCUCACGGAACCCGUCGCUUCGCAACGUCAGCUUUGCCAGUAGCAGCACGUCAACAAGCAUCAAGACUGCGCUGAGGAUGGUUGGCAACGCCCAGCUGACGUCGAUUGACUUGGCUGGGCUCGCUGAAAUUGAGGGCUACAUUGACGUGCGCAGCAGCCCACGUCUGCAGUCUGUGAACUGCAGGGGUCUGGGGUCGUGUAUUUGUCACGACAGCGGCACAGCAACGGUGAAUUGCCCGCUUCGCUGCCAUCAUCACGAAUGCAAGGACCUUGACGAUGAUUUAGUGUGAGGUCAUGUACUGUCCUUGUGUGUGUACGUGCUGUGCUUUGUGUUGCUGUGAGUGAAAGUGAGGGAGUGAGUGAAAGUGAGGGAGUGUGUGUGUGUGUGUGUGUGAAAGUGAGGGUGUGAGAGAGUGAGGGUGUGCUGUGCUGUGUUGCGUGUGUGUGCGUGUGUGCACCUUUUGCAUAAUGCUGGUUGACGCCUGCCGUCCCAGGCUGUAGCGUUCUUGUGUGACCUCUUUUGAGCGUUGUUCCUGUCCGAUCUUUGCUUCUUGUCAUUCACGUCCUA